AAGCGUUAGAAAGAGGCUGUCAAACAACAAAGCCACAAUCCUAAGAACAUGAUGGCGAUCGCACCGGGUAUAUUCCUCGAAUUUAGCCAAAAGUCGCGAUGGAAUAGAGACAUCGGCGCAACUCCGACACCCACACGAACAUGCCACUUGACGUCUUCGGCCCUGAAAGCGUCUCCCGAGUCCCGAUUGAGUUGUCUCUCUUUAUUAACCGCUAUGAAUCCCAUGUAAGCUACGAGUAUUCUCACAAAGACGAUUGAAUAACUCAGGAAUAUCUACUCUUCACUCACAGCCAUCAUGUCCAAACCUACCAUUGGCUUCGUGGGCCUAGGAGCCAUGGGCUUCGGCAUGGCCACUCACCUUGUCCACGAAGGCUACCCUGUCCACGGCUUUGACGUAUUCCCUGCCUCGGUACAACGAUUCCAAGCAGCCGGAGGUAUUCCUGCAGCAUCACUGCGGGAGUCUGCAGAGGGAAAGUCAUUUUACGUGUGCAUGGUUGCAUCUGCGCCCCAGGUGCAAUCGGUCUUAUUCGACGAGGAAGGCAUUGUAAAAUACCUCCCCCAAAAUGCCACCCUCCUCCUUUGUUCCACCGUCUCCGCCUCAUACGCCCAGUCCGUCGCGGCAGAACUGCAAUCGCGUGGCCGCGGCGAUAUCCUCUUCAUCGACAGCCCCGUCUCGGGUGGUGCCAAACGCGCCGCGGACGGAACGCUCUCCAUCAUGGCAGGCGGUGCAGACGAGGCACUUGAAAGCGGUCGCGACUUGCUGCAGACCAUGUCCGCGCCGAGUAAACUGUACCUUGUGCCCGGGGGCAUUGGAGCCGGAAGUAACAUGAAAAUGGUACAUCAGGUUCUGGCAGCUAUCCACAUCCUCGGGGCCAGCGAAGCCAUGGGACUGGCGGCGCAACUGGGUCUGGAUGCGCGCCAGACAGCGGAUAAGAUAAUUGGAUCUGAUGCGUGGACGUGGAUGCACGAGAAUCGCUUUCCGCGCAUGGUAGAGGAGGACUGGAACCCUGGUGCUAGUGCCUUGACUAUUAUCCUGAAGGAUGCGGGUAUUAUCACUACUUCUGCCCGUCAACACCGGUUCCCGAUUCCCCUCUGUACCACCGCUGAACAGAUCUACAUCUCUGCUUUACUACAGGGAUAUGGACCGAAGGAUGACUCGGCCAUGGUGCGCCAGUACUUUACCACUCCUAUUGCUUCUGUAACGGCAUCCGCGGAAGAUAAGAGCGCUGCGCUGCAGCUGGUCCUAGACCUGAUGCGCGGUGUCAACCUGGUCGCUUCUGCGGAAGCCGUUGCCUUUGCACGAUACCUCAAGGUCGAUCUCGCGCAGUUCUACGACCUUGUCAGCGCCGCCGCGGGCGGCAGCAAGAUGUUUAUCACGAAAGGUCUGGAAAUGAUCAAGGGACAGAUCGGCGAGGAAGCACCCGCCGGAUCACAAACAGUUGACGAGGCCAUCACAAGACUAGAGGCGGUGGUACAACAAGCUAGGGAUCUGCAUUGUCCAUUGCAUUUAGGCAAUGCAGCACUGAAUGUGCUUUUCACUGCUCAGAGGGCUGGGUUGGGAGCCGAGGGCGCGACUAGCGUGAUCAAAGUAUUUGGAAAGGAGUAAUUAAAGCGUUAGUUUUCACGAGAUACCGAGUUUAGAUUAUGUUAUGGAUAUACGAGUUCGCAAUUCAGGCACAGGCACCCUGACGUCAGUCGGAGGAACUCCGGGGGUCGGAGAUCGGCGCGAGUGGGGGUUCACC